AUGACCACGACGACUGACCAAGUAUACUUGGAACGGUUGCUUGAACGCAACCCCAAACUUGCUGAUCACCUACGGCUUAUGGAAACUACAAUGGAUAUAAAUGAUUUUUGUGGAGGACUGACCGCAUUCAAUAUAACGCCAUUGAAUAACAUGAAUGUAACAGAUAUCGAUGAUAUUCCGUUUUACAGUUAUGAUUGCGAAAACCUAGUUAAGCAAAUGGUGGACCACUUCAUAUCCAGUCAGUAUACUCACACCAAGCCCAGCACAAUAAUGUUAAUGAUUCUUAACUUUGCUGUUUUUGUUGCUGCGGUGAUUGGUAACACUCUUGUCAUCAUCGUCGUCGCUCGAAAUGCUCAUAUGAGAAACGUUACUAACUAUUUCUUGGUGAACUUAGCCGUCGCUGAUCUUUUAGUCGCUAUGUUCUGUGUACCUUUCCAAUUAGGCUACGACAUUUACACGAACUGGGUGUACGGCACAGCCAUGUGUAAAUUGACAGGAUUUUUACAAG